GAAAAUUUAAAAUAGAGAAAGAAUAUUCAUGUACAAGUAACUUGACAUGUCUAUAUUCGCUCAGCUUCCUUGGUAUGUCCUUAAACUCACUCUUCACAUUUUCCCAUCUAUUCAACUGACUUGAAGCUCCAACUUCUUUCUCAGUUUCUUUUUUGUUUGUUUGUAGAGCAAAUGUUUGAGAGCCAUUUUUGUGUUUAAAAAGAAGCAAUGGGCACCUUCCCAAUCGAGGCCAGACAUAGACUAUCUUCAUCAAUAAAACUGCAAAGAAGCAAAGUGAAAGAUCUGGACAAGCCUUUCAACUUAUCAACUCAUGAAAGAUUUUCAAGAUGCAAGCUUCCUCUCUUGAAACUUGUUCUUCUGUUUGCUGUUUCUGGCACUUUUAUUACACUUUUAUACUCUCCAGAGGUGAACAACCAUAUAUCAAACACAUCUUCUGGGCCAAAAUUCGUUAAUAGAUGGAUAUGGGGCGGCCCGGAUAUUCGGUAUGUAUCUCGUCUCAACAUUGUUUGGGAUGAUGUCGUUGAAGUCCUUGAGAGGUUGGGAGAUAAAAAGGAGUAUCACGGAAUUGGGCUCUUAAACUUCAACAAGAGUGAAGUCAUCAAUUGGAAGCAGCUCAAUGCUGAUGCAGAAUACACGGUGUUGCAUUUGGACUAUGCUGAGCAAGAUGUGACAUGGGAUUCUUUAUACCCUGAGUGGAUUGACGAGGAAGAAGAAGAUGAAGUUCCUAUUUGCCCGUCUUUGCCAAAGCUAAGAGCGCCCGGGAAACGACUUGAUCUGAUUGCGGUCAAGCUUCCUUGUCGAAAUGAGGGUAAUUGGUCUAGAGAUGUGGCCAGGCUGCACUUGCAGCUCGCAGCUGCUAGUGUUGCAGCCUCUGCUAAAGGAAACUAUCCUGUCCAUUUGCUUUUCAUCACAAACUGCUUCCCAAUACCGAACUUGUUUACAUGCAAGGAUCUUGUUGCACGGCGAGGAAAUGUGUGGCUGUACCGACCAAACUUGAAUGUGAUCAGAGAAAAGAUACAGCUCCCAGUUGGUUCUUGUGAACUUGCACUGCCCCUAAAAGGCAAAGAGGUUCCUUACUCAGGAAACAUGCUCCGAGAAGCCUAUGCAACAAUUCUCCAUUCAGCUCACGUUUAUGUCUGUGGCGCGAUUGCAGCAGCGCAAAGCAUUCGGAUGUCAGGGUCGACUAGGGACCUCGUGAUACUCGUCGACGAGACAAUCAGUUCCUAUCACAAGAGUGGCCUAGAAGCAGCAGGAUGGAAAAUAAGAAUAAUCCAAAGGAUCAGGAACCCAAAAGCAGAAAAAGAUGCAUACAACGAGUGGAACUACAGCAAGUUCAGGCUAUGGCAACUAACAGACUAUGACAAGAUCAUCUUCAUCGACGCCGACCUUCUAAUCUUCCGAAACAUCGACUUCUUAUUCGGAAUGCCAGAGAUCUCAGCAACAGGAAACAAUGGCACCCUCUUCAACUCAGGAGUAAUGCUCAUAGAGCCUUCAAAUUGUACCUUCCAACUUCUAAUGGAACACAUAAACGAAUUCGAAUCCUACAAUGGAGGGGACCAAGGAUACUUAAACGAGGUAUUCACUUGGUGGCAUAGAAUCCCAAAACACAUGAACUUCUUGAAGAACUUCUGGAUGGGCGAUGAUGAAGAAACAAAACAAAUGAAAACAAGGCUAUUUGGAGCAGACCCACCAAUCCUUUAUGUUCUUCACUAUUUGGGAACAAAACCAUGGAUGUGCUUCAGAGACUAUGAUUGCAAUUGGAAUGUGGAUAUAAUGCAAGAAUUUGCAAGUGAUGUUGCACAUCAACGGUGGUGGACGGUCCACGACCAAAUGCCAGAGCUGUUGCAACAAUUUUGCCUUUUGAGAUCGAAGCAAAAGGCUCAACUAGAAUGGGACAGAAUACAAGCAGAGAUUGGGAAUUACACAGACGGCCAUUGGAGAAUCAAAGUAAAAGACAAGAGAUUGAAGAAAUGCAUAGACAAUGUAUGUUCUUGGAAGGGGAUGUUGAGACAUUGGGGGGAAACGAAUUGGACUGACGAUGAGUUUUACGUACCUACGCCGCCGGCCAUCAAAUCUGCUGCCCUCUCCGCCAUUUUUUAAGAUUCUGGUUGAUGGGGGUCCGAAAUCUCAUCGUGUUCUUGCUUUGCGUAAAAUGAAGGUGGGAAUUUUGAAAAAAAGGUCAUGUUUUUCCCCAUUUUCAUACUGGUAUUUGAAGUGGGUUUAUGGUUUCAGUUGAUCUCAAGAAGUUGGAAUUUUUGAGGAUCAUUGAGAUCACUCGAAUUUGGACAAAUAUGGGUUCUUAGUUUAUAAUAUGGAAAAAGCGAAGAUUAUUGUUCAUUUCUUUUGUUAAUUGCAAGUUUUAGUUAUUGAAGUUUCAAGCUUAUGUUUAAUAAUAAGUACACAUUUUCUUCUUUUAAAA